AUGGUUGAAGCAAGGUGCUGCUUCAAACUCCUCUAUGCAAUUGUGGUGGUGGUUUUACUACACAUGAGCAGUCCUUGCAUUGGAUGUAGCGAGAGGGACAGGCAAGCACUCCUUGCACUCAAACAAGGCCUCGUGGGUGACGACGGCGAUCGCCUCCUUUCAUGGGGAAGAGAAGCCCAAAACAAAAAUUGUUGCCAAUGGGAAGGAGUCUACUGUAGCAGCAACCAAACUGGCCAUGUUGUUAAACUUGAUCUUGGAGACCAAUCUUUGCAAGGUAAGAUUAGUCCUAAACUCGUUCACUUGCAGCAUUUGGAGUAUUUGAACCUUAGUUUCAAUAAUUUCGGUUGGAGCAAAAUUCCAGAUUUCAUUGGAUCUCUGAGCAAUUUAAUAUACCUCGAUCUUUCUUAUGCAAAUUUUGGAGGUCAAAUUCCAAACCAACUUGGAAACCUUACACACUUGCAAUAUCUCAAUCUCAGCUCUACUUCAUCUUCUGAUAUACGACCACCCCCUGUGAACUCUAUUCAUGCAAAAAAUCUCAAUUGGCUCCCUAAUCUUUCAGGUCUGAAACACUUGGACCUAAGUUACACUAAUCUCAGUGACAUUGUUGGUUGGCUGGAAGCAGUUAAUAUGCUUCCUAAACUAACAAACUUGAUAUUAUGGCGCUGUAAACUUCCUCCUCCAAUUAUAUCCUCUGUUUCUCUCAUGAAUUCUUCUAACUCUCUUGUUCAUGUCGAUCUCGGCCUCAACAAUCUCAACUCUUCAAUCUUCCAAUGGUUGUCCGGUACUCAUACCAACCUUGUUUAUCUUGAUCUCUCGUAUAACAAUUUCAAUGGUUCCUCAAUUCCUGCAUCUUUUGGAAACAUGAGCUCUCUUGCACAUCUUAGUCUCUAUGAUAGCCAACUUGAAGGAGGGAUCCCGAAUUCCUUUGCCAAGUUAUGUAGGCUGCGAGAGUUGGACCUUGGGGUUAAUAGUCUUAGUGGACAACUUUCAGACUUUGUUGAAACGUUGUCCAAAUGCGCUCAAAAGACAUUGGAGAGUUUGGAUAUCUCUUUCAAUAACAUUUCGGGUUCAUUGCCUGAUCUUACGAACUUCUUAUCAUUGAAACACUUGCUUCUCCAGGACAAUAACUUAAGUGGAAGAAUACCUAAAAGUAUUGGACAGAUGUCCAAGCUGGAGACUAUUGGUUUUGGUUGGAAUUCUUUGGAAGGAGUGAUUUCAGAAACUCAUUUUUCAAAACUCUCCAAAUUAAGUUAUUUGAGUUUAUCAUCUAACUCACUACUUUUAAACUUCAGUUUUGAUUGGAUUCCUCCCUUCCAAUUGCAACGCAUACAAUUGAUGUCUUGUAAGAUGUGGCCGUCGUCUUUCCCAAAAUGGCUUCAAACUCAAAAAAAUUAUAUAUGGCUUGAUAUUUCUGAUGCUGGAAUUUCUGAUACCAUUCCAAGUUGGUUUUGGGAUUUGUCACAAAAAUUAGAGAUUAUGGAUAUCUCUCACAAUCAAAUGAGAGGAACAGUUGGAAAUAUUAGAUUGGAGUUCACAGCGGGCCUAAAUUUGAGUUGGAAUCAAUUGGAGGGUCCAAUCCCUUCAAUUCUAUCAAAAGCUUCAGUUCUAGAUCUCUCCCAUAAUAACUUUUCAGGGGCAGCUUCUUUUUUGUGUGAAACCAAGGAUAGUAAUUUAACCCUUCUUGAUCUCUCAAGCAAUCAUGUAUCUGGAGAACUUCCUGAUUGUUGGAUCCAUUUUAAAAAAUUAGUCUUCCUUGAUUUGGGCAAUAACUAUUUAUUUGGAAAAAUUCCCACCACGAUAGGGCACUUGUUUAGUAUCAAGACACUAAGACUAAGUAACAACAGAUUUGUGGGAGAGUUGCCUUCACAAUUGAAGAAUUGUACAAAGUUGACACUUUUUGAUCUUGGGGAAAAUAACUUAUCAUGCUCAAUACCUGAAUGGUUAGGGGCUAGCCUUCCAAAUUUGGGUAUCUUAAUCCUUCGAGGUAAUCAGUUCUAUAGAAGCAUCCCACCCCAAUUAUGCCAUCUGACACGCAUUCAAAUUUUGGAUUUGUCGAUGAACAACAUCUCUGGAACUAUACCCAAAUGUCUCAACAAUUUGAUUGUUUUGGCUCAGAAAGGAAAUUCAAGUCGAAUUAUCCAACAUUCAUAUACGGUUCAGCUAGAAGUAAGUUAUACUUUGGAUUAUGAGGAGGAAGCAUCUCUAACAUGGAAAGGGGCUGACAUAAGUAUCAGUGAUGAUGAGUUUCUAUAA